CCGUCAAGUAGAGCGGCGAAUAUACGUUGCUUUGCAAGCCAAACACCAGCCAGUCGGAUACUGUCCGCGAAAAUGUGCGCUAUCCUCUUUGCCCAUAAGGUUUCCUGAUUGUUGUGUCAACACGUUGGUUCGUACGUACAAAACUCUGAUCAAAAUCUGCUCGUACAAGCUAUUCGGUCACGAUCUUUAUUCAGCAGUGAUCCUGUGAAUAUUCUUUUGAUUCUAAUCGAGUAUUGUGAUCAAGUAAAUUCUGCUUUAAAGUGAAAGCACACUGAUAAGCCAUUUCAACAAUUACUUGCAUCUCAUCAACGUAAAUCUUCUAAUAAGUGACCGUGUUUGUUGAGUGCACAAUCGUCAAACAUGAAGGUGAACGCUGCUGUUGCUAAUGACAUACACCACGCUAGCGGGAUGAUGGAGAACCAUGUGAUGAUGGAUGAGCCGAGUCUGAGUAGUAAUCGUAUGAGUAAACGUACGAUUUCCUCUUCCUCCUCCUCGUCUUCGGCGGGCUCCGACUCCUACUGUGUUUCCUUGGCUGUAGGACCGCUGUGGUGGUCCGAUGUCCCAACAAUCAGGACCGAUCACGAUAGGGCGUCACCCUUGAAAGAAUACAAUCGCAAGGAUUCUUUCGAUUCGACAACGACCACCGCUUCUUCCGAGUACAAUGAUCUGGAUUUCCCUGAAUCGACCGUCGACUAUAUGAACCAACAGGAAGCAGAAGUUGUUCGGGAACUGCUGAACCAAACCGCUCCCAUCGGUAUCACACUGAAGCUGUUCGUGACGCCGCAAAAAUGCAGCAGCUGGGAAACAGUGUUCAACCCGAACGAGAACAUCCUGUACGUUUCGCUUCCUUCGGCCAUGUCGCACGAAGCCUCGAAGCAUUCCUUCAUCUCGCUGCUGGAGUUUGCCGAAGAGAAGCUGGAAUGUGACGCUGUUGUCCUGUGCAUCCGCAAGGAUCGACUCGAUCGGCCGAACUUGGUUCGCACGUUUUCCUUUGUCGGCUUUCAACCACUCAAUCCCAAGUCACCGCUCGCUCCGCCCCACAUCGAGGAGCAGCAUAGGAAUGAGUAUCUCUUCAUGAUCUACAACAUUGAGGAGUAAUCAGCACACGACAAUAGCGCGUAUCAACAUCAACGCGCCGAUCACACGAUUCGGGGGAAAAUCGCAGAACGAUUCUAAAACACAUCAUCUUUUGUAGGAUCGAUUUACUCAGAAGAAGGUCGUUCGUGGGUACUAUCGUAUUAAAAUGAAAUUCAGAAUCCUUGCUGCAGACCGGCUGGUGCUAGUUAACAAUCAACAUCUUUAGCAGCACGACACGAACGAACAGUAGCAGGUCUUCAGCAUGCGAAAAAAAACCAAUAUAACAUCCUUUCAAUGGUUUUUUUUAAAUGAUAAGGACAAAACUUGUACGUUGAGCUUCGAUUGGUGGCAGAGAUCGUUGCAUCCCAAAUCGAUGAUACAGGGGUUUGUCCGUUUUGAUACGAUCGUAUGGUAAUGAUUGAUAAAUGUUUAACGAACUAUAACGAAGACGACGUCCAUCACGCGUACUAUAAUCAGACGUAGACAUAUGCCACUACAACACCAUCCUUAGCUUCUGCUGAAUAUGGUUGCUGUGAAAUGUCCAUCAAAUCGCUCCACACCAUAGGCAUUCAUCAUACAGUCAGAGACAGGCAUUAAGUCCCUUUAACAGAAUGAUUAUACUACCAUUGAAUGAACGAACGCCGUACAUAUAUUAGUGCGUAUGAAAUAGAAUAAUGGAAAUGAUAAUAGAAAGAGAAAGAGACGAAUUCGUCACCAGAUCCGGUAUCGCGGUCUUACCAGUCGAAAUACUUGCGAUUUGUAAUCAUUCAAGUGGUAUGUCUAUAUCGUAUCGGUAAUUUAAAAAAAAGGUAAAAAAUGCAAAAAAAAAAACAAAAAAUAUAGAAAAUCGACAAAAAAAGAAACAUUCUAACCUUCAGUUAUAUUUUUAGGUUUGAAAUCAGUCAGUUUGAAAACCGGUUUUCUAUGAUAACACAAAAAUCUGCACUACAGUAAAAAUAGGCAUCAAGUUUUACACAAAAAUCAAACUUGGGCAGAGAAAAACCAAGAACAAGAGUUGGAACAUUGAGUAGCAGAAGGAAUAAAAACAGCCCUGAGGACAAAGAUAACAAUUCUUCUAUUAAAGCACUACGGUAUUACUUGUUCCAAUGAUCAUAAAAGCAGUAAACUGAUAAACACAUCAGGUUAAGCAAGAUAGGAUAAUACGGUCUUGAAGUAUGGAGGAGGCAGAGUAGAGGAAGGUUGUAUUCGGGUUGAAAUCGAACGUUUGUUUCCGACAUCUUCAUUUGUUCACCCAUGUUGGCUCUAAAUUUAUUUGUCCUCACAAUUACCGGCUGUAAGACGUAUAGGAACCGAGAGUUAUCAGUACUUAUGAAGUGUCCAUAUUUCUUAGUAAUGAAACUCGUGAGCUUUUUCAAUAAUAUGUACUAUCAGCAGUUAUUAUCAUCCUUCUACCACACUUACAAACAUUUAUUAGAUUUAAGAUUUUAUUUCUUCUUUCCUGUAUCGCUCUUUAUUUGGUCGGAUGCUUGCAUCGCAGAUGGUAUUGUAUUGCUUUAGUUUAUAGCAAAAUACUAGUAGAAUUCAGAUGAAUAACUUUUAUUAAAUUUCAUAUGGCAGAAUGGCACUGAAUUAAAAUCGAUAUCGUGCCAAGAACAAACCCGCGGUCUUUGACUAAUGGGUGGCACAGUUCGUUCAGAGAAAGUUAAAUACACAUUACGGCACGCAAAAGGGAAUAUAUCUCAACGCAGAGAAGAAAGGAUAGGGGAAGAUAGUAAGCAGCAUACGAAUCAAAACCAGCGUGCAGGUGGAUGAGAUUACACGGUUGUUGUUUCACGUUGUUUACUUUCAACCCAACUAUAUAUGUUGUUACAGGGUUCAGUUAAUGUACACGCAUUACCUUAUAUUCUAGUGUUUUUUCUUGUCUACCCCCAAAACUAAAAAAGUAAAAGUUAAGAGCUUUUCAAAACCACACACCUACGAGGGUUUUAUGUAUUCGAGUUGCUUCAAUUUUUUUGGGUUGGGUAGUUUUUGCAUGAUUUUUUUGCCGUUUUGCUAUUUCUUCAUUUUAGUAAACACUAGUGUAGACAAACUAUUCUACGCUUUUUUUUUUAAUUGAACAAGAAUAAGCUUCGUGAAUACUACUUGAUUUUUUAUUUUUUCAGUACUACGAAACUGACCUACGAUAAAUCCAACUUUUGGCUAAACAGUUGUCUCAUCAAUUCCGUUAUUAGAGGUUAUUGAAGAAGCUAACAUCCUGAAAAGCUUUUAUUAUCUGAACAUUAAAGAAACCGUCAUAUGCACAUCUAUUGCAUUAAUUCAGCCUAUUGACAGACAGUUCUAGUACUUUUCACUCUUCUUUUUGUCUAUGUACUCCUGCUUGCUUGCUUAGUUUGUCGGCCAAAUAAAACUCUGGUUUUAUAAUGCUUAUUAGUUUAA